UUUUUGUUUCUUUGCCUUUUUAUAAGGUGGGUUACUCCAGCAAUUGAACAUUAGCUCCAUUUCAAGAACCGCGAACCCAAAGAUCCCAGCGUCGUCGAAUGUCGUAAAUUUCGAUCCUUUCCCCAGUUUCGUAUCAAAUACGCAUCCUUUUGCCCUGUGAUUGUUCGUCUCCCGACCGAUUUUCUCUCCACCAAAGUAGGAUACUUUGUUCGCGAAUCCAAACCCUAGCUUGCCCAGAGGGGAGGGUUUCUUGAAAUUCUUCCAAUUUCUUAUCUUUCGCGGUUGUUUUCUCUCUUUGGGUGUUGACCGAUCAUGGAUUCCGAGGAUGAUAUGCUCGAUGCGCCUGAUAUGGACUCGGGGGAGGAUGAUUUCUACAGCGGCGGGACCGAGGACUACGAUGACAGCGAUGAUGCGGAACCCGAUUAUGGGUUCGUUGAGGAAGACGCCGACGACUCCGCUAUGAUCGCCUCGCAUCGCUCUCAGAAAAGUUAUGCUGUUCUUAAGGAAGAAGAUAUCCGCAUGCAUCAGAAGGAUGAUAUCGAGAGAGUCUCUAUGGUCCUGUCCAUAUCUGCAGUUGAAGCUAGCAUUCUACUUCGUCACUAUCACUGGAGUGUUGGUAAAGUUCAUGAUGAAUGGUUUGCAGACGAAGAAAGAGUUCGGAGGACUGUUGGCCUAUUGGAAAGACCUGUUUUUCCACCUUCAGAUGAUGGAGAAGUUACAUGUGGAAUCUGUUUUGAAUCCUACCCUCCCGAGAAAAUUGCAUCGGCUUCUUGUGGCCAUCCUUUCUGCACGACAUGCUGGACAGGUUACAUAAGCACAACAAUCAAUGAUGGGCCUGGAUGUUUGAUGCUGAGAUGUCCUGAUCCAUCUUGUCCUGUUGCUGUUGGUGAAGAUAUGAUCGAGAUGCUGGCAUCUGAGGAAGACAAGGAGAAGUAUGAUAGAUAUUUUCUUAGGUCUUACAUUGAAGACAACAGAAAGAUGAAAUGGUGUCCUGCUCCAGGAUGUGAGUAUGCAAUCGAUUUUGCUGCUGGUGCUGGAAGUUAUGAUGUUUCCUGCCUCUGUUCUUAUAGCUUUUGUUGGAAUUGCACAGAGGAGGCUCACCGUCCUGUAGACUGUGGUACAGUUGCAAAAUGGAUAUUAAAGAACAGCGCUGAAUCGGAAAAUAUGAAUUGGAUACUUGCCAAUUCAAAGCCUUGUCCGAAGUGUAAGCGGCCAAUUGAAAAGAAUCAAGGCUGCAUGCACAUGACUUGUACACCCCCUUGUAAAUAUGAAUUCUGCUGGCUUUGCCUUGGUGCAUGGUCAGAUCACGGGGAAAGAACCGGUGGUUUCUAUGCUUGUAACCGGUAUGAGGCAGCCAAGCAAGAGGGAAUGUAUGACGAGACUGAAAGGAGACGAGAGAUGGCAAAGAAUUCCCUCGAGAGAUACACCCAUUAUUAUGAACGCUGGGCUAGCAAUCAGUCGUCGAGGCAAAAAGCUAUGGCUGAUCUGCAGCAAAUGCAAACUGUGCAUCUUGAGAAGCUUAGUGACAAACAAUGCACACCAGAAUCUCAGCUGAAGUUCAUCACAGAGGCCUGGCUUCAGAUAAUUGAAUGCAGACGUGUCCUUAAAUGGACAUAUGCAUAUGGGUUCUACCUGCCCGAACAUGAACAUGCCAAGAGACAGUUUUUUGAGUAUUUGCAAGGGGAGGCAGAAUCGGGUUUGGAGAGGCUCCAUAUAUGCGCAGAGAAAGAACUGCAUCAGUUUCUCAAUGCCGAAGGCCAGUCCAAGGAUUUUAAUGAUUUCCGGACGAAGUUAGCUGGUUUGACUAGCGUAACGAAAAACUAUUUCGAGAAUCUAGUGAGGGCACUGGAGAAUGGUCUGGCUGAUGUAGACUCUCACGCGGCUUGUAGCAGCAAGUCAAUGAGCUCGAAAUCAACAGGUGGAUGCAGUAGCAAGACAAGAGGAGUCGGUGGUAAAGGCAAGACAAACUCCAAAGGCGGUGGGUCGGGCAGAGAUGACAACUGAUAGCCUUUCUCUCAUUGUUCUCAGUCACAUCCCUCAACGUCCAUCUUUUCCGCAGCCAUGUCAUUUUAAGCAGUGCUCCAUGUCUAGAAGAAUACGAACACGGGAAAGCAACGAAACUGGGGAAAACAUGGCCUUGCGUGUGUGCCAAGGGACGUAGGGUUUGUGAUAAAGGUACUUAGUAUGUAUAGUAUAAAACUGUCUAUCCGCAUGUUUUACUUUGAGGCGUUUGCUUUUAGUUCAAUGUCUGUGAACCAGUCCUCUUCUUCUGUCUGGUUUUUUAAGGCCAAAGAAAAAAAUAAGGAAAGGAAAAAAAAAAGCCUAUCUGCAGGUCAAUACCUUCGUCUUGCUCUCUUUGACCUAAUCUCAAGGUUUGUAACAUUGGAUUCAUGGUUUCAAGCAAGAGAAAAGAGUGGUCUCCUCAAAGCUUGUAACUUUA